CAGAAGAACAGGUCAGUUUGCAAAGGGCGUGUUUGUCGGAGUAUCACGAUAUUUCCUUCAUUGACGUCAUUUUCAAGACAAUUCAACACAUCAGAAGCACCAUAAACCGGCAAACAAGAUGGACAGCGAAAUUGCCAUGGACGAUCAGCCAACUACACGCCAUAGUGAUGGAACAAGCAGCAGCGAGAAAUUGGAUGUGGGAAUGGAGCAAAACAAGAAAGGGGACAUUCCACGCGAGGAAAAGUGCGGAGUAGAAUCUGACAAUUCUCUUACACAAUGUGGAACGGAACAGAGGGGCAGACAUGCGCUGAAACUUUCUGUGCACAAAUACUUUGCGCGUACGGAAUGUGGCCAUAGGGCAGCCUCGGAGUCUAACCUAAUAAAACACAAAAGAAAACAUACUGGUGAGAAGCCCUAUAAAUGUGACCAGUGCGACUAUUCGGCUGCACAGAAAGGCAAAUUAGACCGUCACCGGGCUAAACAUACCGGCGAAAAACCCUUAAUGUGUGGAGAGUGCGGAUACAGGACGGCUGACAGGUCUUACUUAUAUGUACAUAUGAGAAGACAUACAGGUGAGAAGCCAUAUAAAUGUGGUCAGUGCGAAUAUUCCGCUGCAUCAAAGGGCGAUGUAGACCGUCACCGGGCUAAACACACCGGAGAAAAACCCUACAUGUGUGGAGAGUGCGGAUACAGGACGGCUGACAGGUCUGCCUUAAAAGUACAUAUGAGAACACAUACAGGUGUGAAACCUUAUAAGUGUAACCAGUGUGACUUUUCUGCCGCAGUUAAAAGUAAUCUAAACCAACACAUGUUUACACACACCGGAGAAAAACCCUUAAUGUGUGGUGAGUGCGGAUUCAGGACGGCUAACAGGUUUACCUUAACCGUACAUAUGAGAACACAUACUGGAGUGAAACCUUAUAAGUGUGACCAGUGUGUAUUUUCUGCUACACAGAAAGGAAAUUUAGACCAACACAUGGCUACACACACCGGAGAAAAAACAUACAGGUGUGGAGAAUGUGGAUACAUGGCAGCGCGUAGGUUUCACCUAUCCCGACAUAUCAGAACACAUACUGUGGUAAAACCUUAUAAAUGUGACCAAUGCGACUUUUCUACUAAAAGGAAAGAUUAUUUAAAGAAACACUCGUUAAAACAUGCGUCUUAGGGAUACAGUUGGUACUUGCGGAUACGGAACCGCCGGCAGAUUUAUAAUAUGUGGAUACAUGCAAAAGAUCAAAACAGAAAUGUAAUCAUUGGAAAUAUAUUUUGCUGUAUGUUUCGACGUUAACAUGGUUAGAUGUUUCGGUAAAAUACCCUACUUAAACAGAUCCUAUCGUGACUUUUGCAUGUCCUUGGGACUUAGUGGUUCAACCAGUUUUUCUAGAUAGCUGUACUUUUAUUAAAUGGUUCUGCCAAUUCAUUCUAGUGACGCUAAAGAAUAAUGGUGGAUGUCACUCGAAACGUCCGGAAGUAAAUAUCUGUUUUUCAUCCAGUCGUAGAGAUUGAAUUGUUAUUUGAAGAUCCUACCGUGGCAUAAGAUAUCUUUAAAGCUGGCCAGGAGUACAGCAAGCCAUGGAGUGCCCAUUUACCAUUGGUGACCAAUGUUCACUCCUGGUCCCGACCAUUGAUUGAUAAUGUUUGACAUAGAGACGUUGUUAGAUCAUAUGUAUUUCCUUCGUUAUCAUAACAAUUUGAUUCACAUUAUGUAGAAACUGAAAUAAAAUUAGCUGUUGGCUUAAGCUUGAUUCAACUUUGUCGCUUACAAUACCUCUUGCGAUCUAUGCAUGUCAUCUAAAUUUAUAUGCUUAGUUUGAAUGCUAGUUAUACAUAUAAACAUGGUGAUCUUUCCUGUGACGUCACGACCACUUGCUGAUCCGUCCUACUGAAGAGAACACAGUAGACGAUUAAUUUUGAAAUAACGUAGAUUUCGUCAGAAAAUACCAUCUUUUUCGUGAAUGCUAGAGGAACUUUUACCUCAUAGAUACUUUGCGCACAUAACGAGAACUUUUUGUAACCGCCAUGAUUCAGUUAAUGAUACUAGCGAAUGCUUGAUCGACUCUUUGUUAACAGUUUGGCAUUUUAUUUUUUCAUUACUUUACUAAAAUUGCAAAAAAAGCGAUGCAGAAAGCAUCCCAGGCAGCAAUGCUUGUGUUUGCUAUGGUGCCAUCUGGCAUACACACAUUAUACAGUGAAACAUCUGCAUCGAACGAAGCUGGAUAAUCAGGUAUAUCAACUUUGACCUUCAACCUUCAAGGCGAAGAGUGUCCGCCAUUUUGAUUUGUCGAGCAUCACAUUCCUUUCCAGUUUGUCGCCAUUUUCACCACUUUCCACACAUCAGCAAUCACCGGAACGCCUUUAACCGCUAUGAAUGAAAGGGGCAGUGAGGUUGCUAUGGACGAACUGCCAACUGCACACCCUGGAGACGAGACAAGCAGCAGCGAGAAAUUAGACAUGGAAAGGCAGCAGAACAAGGAAGGGGACAUUCCAUGCGAGGAAAGGGGUGGAGUAGAAUCCGACCAUCCUCCCGCACAGGGUGGAACAGAGCAGACGGACAGGCAUGCUGUUGAGAAACGUUUUGCGUGUACAGAUUGUGGCUAUAGGACGGACAGAAAGUAUCUACUAAAAAGUCACAUGAGAAAGCAUACAGGUGAGAAACCCUAUAAAUGUGACCGGUGCGACUAUUCGGCUGCAUGGAAAGACAAUUUGGAUCUACACAUGUCUACGCACACCGGAGAAAAACGCUACAUGUGUGGAGAGUGCGGGUACAGGACGGCUGACAGGUCUCACCUAUCCAGACAUAUGAGAAGACAUACAGGUGACAAACCCUAUAAAAAGUAUAAGUGUGACCAAUGCGAUUAUUCUGCUGCAUCAAAGGGCGAGUUAGACCGACACAUGACGACACACACAAAACCCUUCAUGUGUGGAGAGUGCGGAUACAGGUCGGCCGACAGGUCUGUGUUAACCAAACACAUGAGAAUGCAUACGGGCGAAAAACCUUAUAAGUGUGACCAGUGUGACUAUUCUGCUGCACAAAGAAGUCAUUUAAAGUAUCACAUGGCUCAACACACUGGCGAAAAACCCUUCAAGUGUGGAGAGUGCGAAUACAGGACUGCUAUGAAGUCUCACCUAUCGGAACAUAUGAGAAGACACAAGGGCGAGAAACCCUACAAAUGUGACCAGUGCGAUUAUUCUGGCGCCUCAAAAAGCAACCUAGAUCAGCACAUGGCUAUACACGCCGAAGACAAACGGUACGUGUGUGGAGAGUGCGGAUUCAGGACGGCUGCAAAGUCUUCGUUAAAGGUACAUAUGAAAACGCAUACAUGUGUGAAACCUUACAGGUGUGACCAGUGUGACUAUUCUGCUGCAAGGAAAAGAAGUUUAGACCGACACAUGGCUAAACACACCGGAGAAAAACCCUACAUCUGUGGAGAGUGCGGAUUCAUGACGGUUGCCAGCUCUUCCUUAACCACACAUAUGAGAACACACACGGGCGAGAAACCCUACAAAUGUGACCGAUGCGAUCAUUCUUCUGCAAAGAAAUGCAAUUUAGACGUGCACAUUAGAACACACACCGGAGAAAAACCCUACGUGUGUGAUGAGUGCGAAUACAGGACUGCUGUCAAAUCUCACCUAUCGGAACAUAUGAGAAGACAUACAGGUGUGAAACCUUAUAAAUGUGACCAGUGCGACUAUUAUGCUGCAACGAAAGGCCAUUUAGACGUACACAUUAAUACACACACAAAACCCUACAUGUCUGGAGAGUGUGGAUAUCGUGCGUCCUUAUGGUCUAGCCUCUCGCAACAUAUGAAAACGCAUACUGGUGAGCAAAUGUAUAAAUGUGACCAAUGUGACUAUUCUGCUUUAUGGAAGGGCAAUUUAGACCAGCACAUGGCUACACACACCGUAGAUAAACCCGACAUGUGUUGAGAGUGCAGAUACAGGACUGCUCAAAGGUUGUACCCAUCCCGACAUACUAGUAUGUGGAGAGAUACUGGCGAGAAGUUCUACAAAUGUGUCCAACGCGACUAGUCUGCUACAGAGAAAAGCUAUCUGAACAAACACCUGAUCAAACACACUUCUUAGGGAUACAGUUGACAGUUACCGAUACAGGACGGAUGACAAAUCUAUUCUAGACGCGCGCAAAAGUUGUACCUGAAAAUUUGAAAACGCAUGUCAUUAUUGAGAAUAUUCUUGAUGAAAAGGCAGUUUUUACCUGACA